ACCUUCCAUUCUUGUGACCGUCUUUCUAGUUCCAACCCUGGCCCUGAUGAACACUAGUGACAGUCAUCUUCUGGAUGGCUCUGUGGGGACCCAGACCAUCCAUGUUGAUACCUUCCGAGGUAUGGUCAGCAUCCAGGAUGACAACGUUUUGAGUGAAUGGAAUGGCAUCGUGGACUACAAGAACGCCCUCCUGGCAGUUAAGCUCUUUAGUAAGAUGGCCUGUGUCCUGGUCAAGAUGGACCCAGCAGCCUUCCCAAGUUUGAACGACAUUACCCAGGCGGUGGGCAAGCAGGCUUCCGGUCACUACCCACCCACGCGCGGACUGACCUACACAGUUUUGCCCAAUCGAAUCAAAAACUUGGCCCAAUACGGAGUGCCAGUAAAAGACCUAUGCAGAGCGGUCCCCACCUACUUUGCUCGGCAGCAAAAGGAAGGUACCGCCGGGGCAAUGGACCCAGACUCCUGUUCUGAGCUCCAGCUGCUAUCCUUCAUGGGGCUGUCCAUCUGUGGGGAGAUCCCUGGGCUCUGAACCUGGUCCAGCCUCUCUGCCUGUGGGAAGUGUCCCAUACAGGCCCUGCCCUCCACAUCUUGGCAUCCCAUGCCCCCCUGUAAUCUGGGAUUGGGGGUGGGGGGAUAGGUGCAUUUUCUACCUUGUACGAAGAAAUAAUAAAGUUCCAGUGUCUGUGGUCUAGCA